UAUUGAUUAAAGUCUUGGUCGUCAGGUAUGGCUACUUAUAUUGGGCCGAGUGGUGACUGGAUUGUGUACUGGCGCUGUUUUAGGAGCUGUGCCAACAUUCGUGGCCGAGAUCUGCCCUCCUAGUGUCCGAGGUUUAUUUGGUAUGACAUUUACCUUGGGCGGAACGGUGGGCAUAUUGCUGAUGAACACACUGAGCCUAUGGGUGCGAUGGGAAUACUUGGGCUACGGGGCAAUCGUACCAUCAGUGCUACUAUCGGGUGCCAUGGUUUUCAUACCAGAAUCGCCCAAUUGGCUCAUGGUCAAAUAUGGCCGCUGCCCACGUGUGGUCGAGGCUCUACGCCAACUCAGGCACCGGGAGUCCGACAUCGAGGCCGAGUUGGCCGAACUCGAGGCACAGGUGACUGCGCUAAAGGCCCAAAAGGACUCCGGGUUUAGCGCAAAGAUGUUGCGCCGACAGGACGUCUACAAACCGCUAACCAUAGGGUUAUUGUUGUGUUUUUUCCAACAAUUUUCGGGCACUAAUGCCGUCCAGUUUUAUAUGACGGGUAUUUUUAUGGACGCCGGCUCAUCGUUACAGCCCGAGUACGCCGUGAUUGUGGUCAACACCAGUAUGUUUGUCGCCACCCUUAUUGGGUCGCCACUUGUCGACCGGUUGGGCCGUAAGAUACUGCUGGUGGUGAGCGGC